AGCUGAGAUUCUAUAAAAAGGUGCCACUCUUUACUGCCAUAGUGCCAUAGCAAACACUUUAAAAGUAAGAAACUGGCUGUGUAUAUAUACACAUAUCUAUAUAUAUGGCAAGUGUAGAAGAGAAAGGGGUUGAUGAUGGUUACACAAAAGAUGGAACAGUUGACCUCAGGGGCAACCCUGUUCUUCGAUCCAAGAGAGGUGGCUGGACUGCCUGUUCCUUUGUUGUUGUAUACGAAGUAUUUGAACGAAUGGCAUAUUAUGGGAUCUCAUCAAACUUGGUUCUAUACUUAACCCAGAAGCUGCAUCAAGGCACUGUGAAAUCAGCCAACAAUGUUACAAAUUGGGUUGGCACCAUUUGGAUGACCCCAAUCUUGGGUGCCUACGUGGCCGACGCUUUUCUCGGUCGUUACUGGACUUUCUUAAUCGCCUGUGCUAUUUAUCUUUCGGGAAUGGGUCUAUUGACACUAGCGGUAUCCAUCCAUGGCCUAAAGCCUCCCCAUUGUUCCGACCCGAAUGCGGCCGACUGUCCAAAGGCAACCACAUUGCAACUGGCCGUCUUUUUCGGGGCACUCUACACCUUAGCCAUCGGCACCGGGGGCACGAAGCCCAACAUAUCAACGAUUGGCGCCGACCAAUUCGACGAGCAUGACCCCAAGGAGAAAGGUCACAAGCUCUCAUUCUUCAACUGGUGGAUGUUUAGCAUAUUUUUUGGCACACUCUUUGCCAACACUGUUUUGGUGUACAUUCAAGACAAUGUGGGCUGGACCCUUGGGUAUGGGCUCCCAACCGCGGGCCUGGCGAUAUCCAUACUCAUAUUUUUGGCAGGAACACCUUUCUAUAGGCACAAGAAGCCCAGUGGAAGCCCAUUUACAAGAAUGGCUAGGGUCAUAGUUGCUGCCCUUAGGAAGUGGAGUGUACCAGUCCCUGCUGACCCUAAGGAAUUGUAUGAACUUGACUUGGAUGAGUAUGCCAAGAAUGGGAAAUACAGAAUUGAUUCUACAACAUCUUUGAGGUUUAUGGACAAGGCUGGUGUGAAAACAGGUUCCACAAGUCCAUGGAUGCUGUGCACAGUGACAGAAAUAGAAGAAACCAAACAAAUGCUAAAAAUGCUACCAAUCUUGGUAGCCACAUUCAUCCCAAGCACAAUGAUUGCACAAAUCAACACACUCUUUGUGAAGCAAGGCACCACUCUCAACAGAAGAGUAGGCAACUUCAACAUCCCUCCAGCCAGUCUAGCCGGUUUCGUCACCAUAUCGCUGCUCGUCUCAGUUGCUAUAUACGACCGGUUCUUCGUCCCCCUCAUCAAGAAAUGGACUAGAAACCCGAGAGGGAUAAAUCUUCUCCAACGUAUGGGAAUAGGUACAGCUCUCCACAUUGUCAUCAUGGUAGUGGCUUCGUUAACCGAGAAGUACAGGCUCAGUGUGGCUAGAGACCAUGGCGUCGUCGAGAAUGGAGGCCAAGUCCCCUUAUCCAUAUUCAUCUUGCUCCCUCAGUUCAUCCUGAUGGGAACUGCUGACGCAUUCCUCGAAGUCGCCAAGAUUGAGUUCUUCUAUGACCAAGCACCAGAGAGCAUGAAGAGCUUGGGGACAUCCUAUUCCAUGACAACCUUAGGAGUUGGGAACUUCCUCAGCAGUGUUUUGCUCUCCAAUGUUUCGCGCAUCACAAAAAGGAACGGGCACCGAGGAUGGAUCCUCAACAACCUCAACGCCUCCCACCUCGACUACUACUACGCCUUCUUCGCGAUACUUAAUGCCCUCAACUUCAUUUUCUUCCUAGUUGUGUCUAGGUUUUAUGUGUACAAGGCUGAGGUUUCUGACUCCAUGGUUGUCUUGAGACAAGAGUUGGAGGUUGGGACAAAACACAAAGUUAAUAGCCAAGAAACAUCCAGGAAAUAGACUAAUUAACUAAGAACAUUAUAUUAUAUUUCUUGUUUCAGUACAAA